AUGUGUACCAAUGCCGACGAAAAAAUUAUAGAAAUGGUUCGUUCUCAUAUAGAAUUAUACGACCUUUCACACCCAAAAUAUAUGGAUACUGCUCAUAAAGACAAAAUUUGGAAUUCUAUUGGAAAUGAAAUAAAUCUAACAGGAAAAAUGUGCAAAACUCGUUGGAACAAUAUCCGAGAUAAUUACCGAAAAUCCAUAAAAAAAACAACAAGUGGGCAAGCCGCUAAAAAAGUGAAAAAAUAUAAAUUUGAUGACCAGCUACAAUUCCUAAAACCACAUCUACAAGAAAGGGACACUUUGGGAAACAUAGAAGAUGUAGUUGACAAUGAAGACAACGUAGACAUUUUCAAUGACGACGUGGACGAAAAUGAAAAUGAAAACGAUAAUGAAAACGCUGUAGUUCAAAUUGACGAGAGCAUCAACGAUAUAGACGGUGAGCAAUUGCAAAAUGUUGAACAAACCCGGUCGUCUAAGCCAGUUCGAAAAUCGAUCCAAAAACGUUCAAUAAUUAAAACACCAGAUUCGGCUUCAACCACGUUGAUGAAAUAUAUUAUGCAAAAAAAGGAAAAUAAUAUGUUCAAUGUCACUCAAAAUAAUCCAGUUGAUGCUUUUUUGGCAGGCCUCUCACCAACACUUAAGACAUUCACACCGUAUUAUUUAAACUUAGUGAAAACCAAAAUAUUUUCAAUAGUCCAAGAGUGUGAAAUGAAAAUGAUCUUAGACGAAGAACAGAAAAAAAAUCCACAUACAGUGCCAUAUUUUACUGUACCAUCGCCAACAUAUUAUCAGCAAUUAAACCCAAAUAUUAUUCCAAAUGCAGCUCAAAAAAACCAAUACGUACAAGAACCAAGAUACAUGACAUCCACAUCACACUACCUGCCCUCACCACCAUCUCCACAGUUUACUCAAAAAAAUGCUCAAAACCAUGCCUAUGUUCAAGUGCCCACAAAUACAUUAUCACCAAAUACAUCGUAUUGUUCAUCUGCGCCACCAUCCCCUGCAGAUUUAUGCCAAAAUAUUUCUUUAAAUGCUACCCAGAACCUUACCCAUAACAAUAACAUUCAAGCUCAAAACAACCAAUAUGUACAAGAACCACGAAACAUGACAUCUAGAUCGCACUACCUGUCCUCACCGCCAUCUCCACAGUUUACUCAAAAAAAUUCUCAAAACCAUGCCUAUGUUCAAGUGCCAACAAAUACAUUAUCACCAAAUAUAUCGUAUUGUUCAUCUGCGCCACCAUCCCCUGCAGAUUUAAGUCAAAAUAUGUCUUUAAACGCUUCUCAGAAUCUUGCCCAUAAUAUCCAAGGACCUACAGACCAGAUAUUUACAAAUGAUUUGAUAUUAUAA